CAUUUCAUAAAGUCCUGGUAGACUAAAGUCACUCACUCUCUCAUCAAUCACCACACUCGCUCUCACAAGUUCAAGCACUUGACCUUCACAAUCCUUCAAAAUGAAGUUCACCGCCAUCAUCGCUGCCGUAUUCACCAUCGCUCUCUCAGUCAAAGCAGCAGACCGCGUCCAAUGCGCCGGCACAGUCGACACGGCUCCCAACAGAGGCCGCUACGAGCCCAGCGGCUCCCUCACAGCUAACCUCACCCAGGUCGCCUGCAAGAGCGGCAACAUUGAUGGCGCGCUCAAGGGGAACCAGAAAUGCUGCAUCUCCAACGAUAAGGGCGCGUUUGGGGCUGCGUGUACCGCGGCCAAGUUCCCGCCGCAGUUCGCGAGUGGGUUUAAGGCUACUUUCCAGCCUUGCUGAG